GCGAUUUUACUCUGAAAUUUCCCUCAAUUUCAGCUUAAGAAGUGUCAGAAAUACGAUUUUCGUGGUUUCUACAAACCGAGGAGAUCACGAAAACUCCCGGCUCGGAACAGUUACAGCCUCGCACGUUCCUAGAUAGGUUACCCCCCCCCCUCUCUCUCUGUCUGUCUGUCUGUCUGUCUCUCUCUCUCUCUCUCUCUCACACACUCUCUCUCUCUUUCUCCCUCUCUCUCACUCCCUCACACUCUCUUUCUCCCUCCCUCUCCCUCUCCCUCUCUCUCUCUCAUCUCUCUCUGAGUCUACAGGCAAACCCUCCUCCACACGUGUUUCAGCCGUCCCUUCGCUCGGUUCCGUUCAUCUAUCUUCGCCCUGCUUGGCUGCUUCCAGCUAACGUCGCUUCUCCUCCAGCUUCCGCAGACGUCUCGUCAGAAGCGGCGAGGCUGCGCUCUUGUGGGAUUUCGGAGGCCCUGAAGUCCUGAGAGCAGAGAGCUGACAUUGCACAACCGGGGAGGGCUGCUUACUACCGGACCGAUUGUCUUCUUUUAUUUUGAACUGUUUGGUUGAGAUACACUUCUAAGUUCCAAGGCCACCGGCUCUUGCUUUUGUAACAGAAACUUGUGCUUUUCUUUAUCCUGCCUUUCUGUGCUUUUGACUGAGGAAGAACCACUGUCGAAUGCUUUGUGGUAUGAGGGUUUGUGUGGAGCGGCAGGCAGAUAAUGGCCUUCUUAGUGUCACCAUGACCACAGAGAAGGUUGCCACCGUGCUCGGAGUCAAAAUGGCCUCUUGCACAUCUGCAAAAUACAGAAACCAUCUUCUGUCUUUUGGUUGUGAGUUGCCUGAAAGAAGCAGCUCUGAGCCACAGCUCCCCUGUGUACGUUCCUGUCGUCUGUGUCCAUCUAAGGACCACCAGGACUCUAAACUUUCCAAGGAGAUACAAACGGACUGCGGCACAGGGAGUGCUUUUCACACCAGAUCCAAGAGUUUGGACAGCUUGGGAUAUGUAUAUAGGGAUAUGUACUGCUACACGACUGAGGGACUGUCUUGCAGGCGGUCAAAUAGGACAUGCAGGGCGGUGGAAACGAUUGGAAGCUGCCAGAGGGCCAGCCCUCUAGCUGUUCUUCAGCAGUGCCAGGACAGAGGGGAAAGAACAGAGGGGUUUUCUUUUGAAAUGACUCACCUCAAUGGAGGGCCGCCAAGCUUGAGCGGGUCACGCAGCACUUCAUGCCAGCUGGAAGCUGAUGUGGUCGAGCAAAGCGAGGAGGACAGGCUUGCCUCUGGGUGCAGCACUAGGAGAAGCAGCCUGCCCAUACCUUCUCCAGCUCAGCUCCAUCGUACAUGGGACUGCAGAGGAAAGUCAAAAGCCACAAUGCAGGACGUGAUGCCUUGCCAAAUGGAUCUGAGAUGCGGCUUCUCCAGCCUGGAGAGGCUUAACAGGAGAUACAAAGCCAAAUGUCCUCUGGAACGGUACUCGGAUAUGCCCCGUCAAGGCUCUGGAGCCUCCAGGCUUAAUCCAGCCCAACAGCAGCACAGUGACAGCGAAGGUACGGCGUCCGACUGCGAGUUUGUGCGCAAUAAAAAGGACCGCUCCACUGUGCUCGUCAGGAGGUACCUGAAGAACAACAGGAAGGUCACGAAGAUGGUGUGCCCUGGCACUCGAGCCAUCGUGAGGGCCCUGCCCGCCGGCUGUAUUUCUGAGAAAGCGUGGCAGGCUGUUUGCAGAAGAACGCCUCUCUUGAGUGAGAUGUGUACCUUUGCAGCUUACUGCAGAUACAGUAGAGCGUGUCAGGGCGUCCAGCUGCAAGUCUCCAGGACCGUUCUCCUCUAUCCAGGGGUCAGGCUGGCAGAGCUGCAGCGUGCUUUCCCCGCCCUGAACUUUGAGGUCCAUCUCUUACACCCCUCCAGAAAGCUCUUGGCUAGGACGCUAACAUGGCCAUCAGCCUGCCUACUGCGGGCUAAGUAUCAGGCUUGCUCGUCUAGAACCAGUGUCGCGGCCCAUCUGAGUGGGGCGCUGCUGGAGGCCACGGCAGCUCUCGGGGCCCGCAGCAGCCUGCCCGGCAUUGCUCUCAGCUCCACCAGCAAACCCAUGCUGAAAGAGUUUUGCAGCUCCAUGGCCAGCUCCAGUUCGCUGUCCUCAAGUGUGACCGGCAUAAGUAAGGAGCUGGCUGACCUGCGCCACCUCAUCCAGUUCCCAGAGGAAAUUGCAAGCAUCCUGACGGAGCAGGAGCAGCAGCUGUACCGCCGCGUUUUUCCACUCGACUACCUCUGCUUCCUCACCCGUGACCUGAGCAGCCCUGAGUGCCACAACCGCCACCCACACCUUAAAGCUUCCUUGUCAGCCCCCACCAUGUCCACCCAGAGCACCCAGCACAACACGGUGGAGGACCUGGUCAUGCGCUUCAAUGAGGUUAGUUCUUGGGUGACCUGGCUUAUCCUGGCAGCAGGCUCUAUGGAGGAGAAGAGAGAGGUCUUCUCCUACUUGGUCCAUGUGGCCAAGUGUUGCUGGAAUAUGGGCAAUUACAAUGCAGUGAUGGAGUUCUUGGCAGGUCUGAGAUCCCGCAAAGUGCUGAAAAUGUGGCAGUUCAUGGACCAAGCAGACAUCGAGACUAUGAGAAGCCUGAAGGAUGCCAUGGCACAGCACGAAUCAUCAUCCGAGUACAGAAAGGUGGUGAACCGUGCCCUCAACAUCCCUGGUUGUAAAGUAGUGCCUUUCUGUGGAGUGUUCCUCAAGGAGCUCAGCGAUGCUCUCGAUGGAGCAGCAAGCCUGAUUAGCCUGCGUCCUACUUUUGAUUCUCAAGAGGACUCUAUUGAAUUUGUCUCCGACUACAAUGGUCAACAGCAUUUUCUACAAAGGGUGGGAGGCGACGGGCUACACAACUCAGAGAAGGAGGCCACGGUCAGCAACAUCCUGCAGACCAUCCGCAGCUGCAACCGCAGCCUGGAGGCUGAGGACCUGGAGGAGAACACUGGAGAGCCCAGCAGUUCCCUCCACAAGAACUCCUUCAAGGACAAGAGCAGGAACCAAUUUCUAGUAGGGGACCUGUCCGAUUCUGAAGGGGAUUUGAUGGAACAGCCUCAUGAAGCAGACCUCCAGAGCCCAGAGGAGCUGCAUGGGGCUUUCAGCCACGGCACGGAACUCAUCCCCUGGUACGUUCUCUCAUUGCCAGCUGAUGUCCACCAGUUCCUCCUGCAGGGAGCCACAGUGAUCCACUACGAGCAGGAGAGCCACCAGAGUGCCCGCUGCAUCCUCCGUCUGCAGCCAGACAACUGCUUCCUGACCUGGGCCAAACCCCCGAGCAGCUGCCCUCCAACUGGCCGGAGCAAAGGUUGCCCUCAGGACCCUGUCCCCCACAGUCAGGCAGCCGUCUGCGGACUGACCGAGGGCCUCCUGGACCUCAGCAUAGUAAAGGCCGUGUACAUGGGCCACCCUGGCGUGGACAUCAACUCCGUGUGUCUGCAGCACAAGCUGUGCAGCAUGAGCGCGCAGGAGAACGGAGUCACGAUGCUGUAUGGAACACACACCACUGACAACAGGCUGCUGCACUUCGUGGCACCCACACACACAGCAAGCAUGCUGUAUGAGGGCCUGCAGGAGCUACUCAGUGCCAUCAGGAAGAUCAAGAAGUUCCCUGACCAGAGACUGCAGUGGCUGCGCAAGCAGUACAUCAGCCUUUACCAGGAAGAAGCUAAGUUCGAGGGGCCGACAUUGGCACAGGCCAUUGAGCUGUUUGGUGGCCGACGCUGGAGCAUGAGCACCGGAGGCCCGGGCUCUGCCAGCAAGAGCUUGGAUAAGACCACUGCUCAGAAGAACAGCCCACUGGGCAUGAGCUCCAACACCAAGAAGAAGAAGAAAAUCCUCGUAAGGGGAGACAGCGGAGACGGGACCGAUGACGAGAUGAUCACACGCAAAACUAAAAGCUGCAAGGAGACCCUCAGCAGGAGGUCAUCGGAUCCUUUAGACUGUGUGGAGCAAGAAGAGAACGAGGACUCGGUCCCUUUUGGCAGCCCUGGAACCUUGUCCUUGUCCAGCACCAAAUUCCAAUCCCCUGGAACCUCCUCCAUCUCCUCAUGUUCCUCCACUACAAACAGCUGCACCCCCACCCGACCUCACUCCUCCCCUGUCCUCGCCAGCAGCAUCAAAAACCAAACUGGGGCGUGGAGCAGCAGGAGCUGGCACGGUCGGGGGAAAGGCUGUUUCCGUGGCUUCCAGAACCUCAUGCUGUCAGAUAGCAUCAUGAGCUUCAUUGAGUUUGUGGAGCUUUUCAAGUCAUUCAGUAUCCGCAGUCGGAAGGACCUUAAGGAGCUGUUUGACACCUAUGCCGUUCCCUGUAGCCGCUCAGGCCCAGACUCGGUGCCUCUCUACACCACCCUGAGAAUCGAUGACAAAGUGACUGGCCUACAGCCUGACUUAGACCUCCUGACCCGAAAUGGCUCUGACCUGGGCCUGUUUAUCCGCACACGCCAGCAGAUGUCUGACAACCAGAAGCAGAUUUCUGAUGCCAUCGCCGCUGCCAGCAUCGUGACCAACGGCACAGGUGUAGAGAAUGCAUCACUCGGUGUGCUGGGUCUCUGCAUCCCUCAGCUCAAUGACUUCCUUGUCAACUGCCAGCGAGAGCACCUGACCUAUGAUGAAAUCCUGAGCAUCAUACAAAAAUUUGAGCCGUCUUCCAGCAUGCGCCAGAUGGGUUGGAUGUCCUUUGAAGGCUUCGCCAGGUUCCUGAUGGAUAAGGACAACUUUGCUUCUACGAACGAGGAAUCUCAAGUGAACUUGGAUGAGCUGCAGUACCCACUGUCUUACUAUUACAUUGAAUCCUCACACAACACGUACCUUACCGGCCACCAGCUGAAAGGGGAGUCCUCAGUGGAGCUCUACAGUCAGGUACUAUUGCAAGGUUGUAGGAGUGUGGAGUUGGACUGCUGGGAUGGAGACGAUGGCAUGCCCAUCAUUUACCACGGGCACACACUCACCACAAAAAUCCCCUUCAAGGAUGUGGUGGAGGCCAUCAAUCGCACUGCAUUCAUCAACUCUGAGAUGCCCGUCAUCCUGUCCAUCGAGAACCACUGCUCUCUACCUCAGCAGCGCAAAAUGGCUGAUAUGUUUAAGGCGGUGUUUGGAGACAAGCUGGUGACCAAGUUCCUCUUUGAGAGUGAUUUUUCGGACGACCCGUUGCUCCCCUCACCUCUGCAGCUCAGGGGCAAGAUUCUGCUCAAGAACAAGAAGCUGAAGGCCCAUCAGGCCCCUGUGGAUAUUUUAAAGCAAAAGGCACUCCAGCUGGCACAUAUGCAAGCGCAGGCCAACAGCGGUGCACCUGCUGGAAGUUGUAUUGGCAGCCAUGAGGAUGAAGAGGAGGAAGAAGACGAGUAUGAUUAUGACUACGAGUCACUUUCUGAUGCUGAUGUCCUCAAUGCUUCCACCACAUCUUUUUGCCAGGAAGAUAACAUUCUGGAUGACAAGCCUGAGGGGAAGGCAUCGAGCGAGAAACUUCAGUACGAGUCCAACGACGAGAUGCCGAAGAGGUUUAAGAAAGCAGGGAUUAAAGGAAAGAUGUUCGACAUGGAGCUUGGGGAGGAGUUCUACCUGCCGCAGAACGAGAAGGAGAGCAGGCAGAUCGCUCAGGAACUCUCCGACCUCAUCAUCUACUGCCAGGCCGUCAAAUUCCCAGGCCUCUCCACCCUCUCACUGCCGGGCUCUGGAAGGGGAAAGGACCGAAAGAGUCGGAAGUCCAUCUUUGGCGCUGCUCCUGUGCGUGGAAACCCCGGGGAGCCAGUGACGUUGGUCCGUGGCCCAGGGAAAGCUGGUGUGGAGGGUGUGAGGGUGAAUUUGGAGGAGCAAGCCUUGUGUUCCUCUGCCCCGGCACCCUCUCUCAGCGCCAUCAUCCGCACACCCAAGUGCUACCACAUCUCCUCAGUGAACGAGAAUGCUGCCAAGCGCCUGUGCCGGCGCUACUCCUCCAAGCUGAUCCAGCACACAGCAGGCCAGCUGCUGCGCACCUACCCAGCCGCCACCCGCAUCGACUCAUCCAACCCCAACCCCCUUACGUUCUGGCUGCAUGGCAUCCAGCUUGUUGCCCUUAAUUACCAAACUGAUGACCUGCCCAUGCAGCUGAACUCCGCUCUGUUCGAGGCAAACGGUCGCUGUGGCUUCGUUCUGAAGCCCCCUGUGUUGUGGGACCGCUCUUGUCCGCUCUAUCAGCAGUUCAGCCCACUGGACCGAGAGCUGGAGCACAUGACCCCCACUCAAUACACGCUCACUGUAGUGUCAGGUCAGAACGUAUGUCCAGGGAACAGCAUUGGGAGCACAUGUGUGGAGGUGGACGUUUUAGGCCUGCCGGUUGACACCUGCCACUUUCGAACCAAACCCAUCCACCGCAACACACUCAACCCCAUGUGGAAUGAACACUUCUCCUUUCAUGUGCACUUCGAGGACAUGGCCUUCCUGCGGUUGGCAGUGGUGGAGAACAACAGCUCCCAGAUCACAGCUCAGAGGAUCCUGCCCCUCAAAGCCCUCAAACCUGGCUACAGACACCUACAGCUGAGGAACCAGCACAAUGAACCACUGGAGGUGUCCAGCCUGUUCCUGUUUAGCCGCAGGACCGAGGAGAGUCCAGUUGGAGGACCCCGACCUGCAGCUGUGUUGUAUAGCUCAGAGGAGAGGCGAGCAGCGAUACCACAUAAAAUGACGGUGCACGGAGCACCAGGCCCAGAGCCGUUUGCUGUAGUCGAUAUCAGCGAACACACCACGGCCAAGCAGCUCCUGGACAUGUUGGUUCCAGACACCUCUGCAGACUACUUCCUAAUGGAGGAGAGGAUGCCUCUGUCGAAGGAGAAAUGUGACGCAAAGAAAAUACCUCAGCAGCGCUCCCUACCACCCGACGAGAGGGUUCUUAAAACGCUGUACAGCUGGCAGCCGGAGGAGGGCUACGUGGGCAGAAUAUAUCUAAAAAUCAGGGAGGAGAAUCCUAACGAGAGGAAAACUGUGAUGGAGGGAGCAGAGGAGGUGAACAGUGGAGGAGAGGAGGACAUGUUUUUUGUGCAGGUGCACGAUGUUUCACCAGAACAGCCUCACACCGUCAUUAAAGCCCCUCGGUACAGCACUGCUCAGGACAUCAUCCAGCAGACGCUAAGCAAAGCCAAGUACUCUCUAAGCAUCCUGAGUAAUCCCAGUGCCAGUGACUACGUCCUGUUGGAGGAGGUAAGCCGUGAGGUGGCAGGAAAGAAGGCAUCCUCUGCCAAGCCUAGCCAGCGCGUGCUGCUGGACCACGAGUGUGUUUUCCAGGCCCAGAGCAAGUGGAAGGGCACCGGAAAGUUCAUCCUCAAACUCAAAGAGCAGAUUGCUCGUGAGGAUAAACGUAAGGGUGUGUCGUUCGCCAGUGAGCUGCGGAAGCUGACGGGCCGCAGCCGCAGCGUGACCGUGAAUGGCCCCCCGGUAUUGGAGGCAACGCAGAGUAAGGACGAGCGUGGCGUAUGGCCCGCCACGCCACCUCUGCCCGAGGCCUCCGACUGAAUGCACGCUCUGCAUUGUGUUUGUGUGCAUGCAGUGCAUGGAGUCCCAGCCAGGGUCUCUGUUGUCAGUGGGACUGAAGACCUGGGUGGCUGAGGGCCGUCUGUGCUCUCAGAGGCGGUCAAUAAAAGGACAUCCUGAUGACAGCGGUGUUUCCUCCAAUUGGACCUUCCCCUUGCUGUGGAACUGGAAACUGCACAAAUGAGUCCAGACACGCUGCAGAAAUGGCACUAAAAAUGUUCUCAUAAAGCCUCAGACAGGCUUUCCUGAAAGAACACAAUGACCUCUUGGCUGCAGAGUAGCAGGGGGGGGGCAGAUUUAGGCUGUUAGCACUUAGCGUUCUCCAAGCUUGGCCACCUUUUGGACGGGCGAGUCUACAGAGCUCUUAGGGACCGUCUAGAGAUGCUGCAUUUAUUAGUUCAGUGAAGGAGGUUGUAUGGAAAGUUUCGCUGGGUUUGCGUUCAAAGCAGGUCAGUUUUGGCCGCUGAUGUCCAUUUCCCCUCUUUUUUGGCAGCAUAUGUGGUUUUACUCACCAGUUUCCCUAUUUCUGUCCGCAGUACUGUAAUCGAGAAACACAUUAUUGGACAGCAUUAUUGCACAUUGCUUGUUUGUUGGUUGCACCUCACUCUGGUACCAUGUAUUUAAAUUUUUUCUAUAUUUAUUUCGCUGAUUUUUUUAACCCCCCCCCAAACAUGAAAAGUAGUAGCCCCUCCCACAAAAACACUAUAACCUGCUAGUGUUGUUAGACAUGUGAUUUUUAAAAGCAUAGAUUUAAACAGUAUCGUCCAGUAAGGGGUAAGACUGCUGUAAAGAAUGCUCUGUUAUUUAUUUAUUGUUCGGGUAGUUGAUCCACAUUUCAGUAAGAUGUGAUAAAUAACUAAACCCUAAUAUGUACAAGUUACAAUUUAAGGUACAGUUUAAUUUCCGAGGCCAGCAAAAAGUUUCUUUGAUUUCUUUUGUUGUGUUAUGAGCUAAGAAUUUUCAAAUCUGAGGCAUUUAUGACUUUUAUAUUUGAGGACGCCACUCCUGUUUCACUUUACUGUUUUCUCUAUCUAGAUUUGAACUGAUACUUCUCGUGCAUAAAAACAUGAUUUCUUGUGGGAUAAUUCUCCCUAUUUUUGCGUGUAGCACAAUAAUGUCCUAAGACUAAAUACGCACUCGCACUUAAACAUAGUCCCAAUGUGUGUGCAUAACAUUUUAACUAGAAAGUUGUAUUUAAAUAUGAAGUUUUCUUGACUACCUCUACUAACCUGUGGAGCCUUGAAGACCUACUCACAGCUGUUUUCUUGUGUACGUUCUUUGCUGUAUUGUUACUGAACAUCUGACUGCUUCUAAACUUAAUGUAAAGUGGAACGGUUGUGCAUGAAGGUUGGAAACCUCUCGUCUUUUGUUCUUUUCUUGCUUUGAAGAGGUCAAUUUUUCCCCCCCGUCAGUUGUUAGUGUCUUCGGCCACGCAGCUGUUUUUAUUUAUUUGAUAUCAUAGCCCAGGUUGGCUAUAAGCUUGUCUUGUACAUAUAAAGAAGACUGUAACUGUUAAAUCCAUGUCUAAUUUAUUCCAGAGGGUGUAAAUAUUACCCCAUCCAGUUUAUUCUGUACCCGUGUACAUUUUUACUUUUAUAUUUUAAAAAUAAAAAUUCUGAAACGCUAUAUUGACAUUUUUAAAUGAUAACUUGAGCGAGUAAAGUAUGGGGUAAUGGAUACAGUAUAUUUAUUUUUGCUUUACCUUGGUCCAUGCUCAUCGGUAUUCAGUCGUGUGUUUUCACCAGUAUUUAGUUUUAAAAAUGCUUUGAAAGGCCUAAAUUAUUUCAGUGACUCAUUUGGAGCAGCGGCCUCUGUAAUAGACUUAAGGAGUAGCAGCCGACUCCUUUUUUCUUAUUUUUGGCACUUUCUGUGACAAUCUGGUGACUGUUAUUUGACUACUGUAGAAGAAAUUACAGGACCUGUUGUACAGUAUACUUUCAACCAUUAAGAAGUCCAAUAAAGCUUGUAAAUCACUUCA